AUGGGGAGGCGCUGCUGGCCGCGGCGCGCCCUGGCCGCUGCGUGUCUGGGUGCCGCGCUCCUACUCCUGGGCGCCGCGCCCCGCGCCCUGAGCCCGGCAUUUGAAAACAGCUUGGGCUCUGGCUGGCUUGGUGGGAAGAGGAGGAGUCCCCUGCAGAUGCUUUAUGACUUGGACCAGGGCCCGCCCUCUGCCCUGGCCGAAGUGCACCGGCAGCGGCGGGACCUGCUGCGCCGCGCCUGCAGUCGCCACACGCGCCGGCAGCGCCUGCUGGGGCCCGAGGACCUGCGGCACGUGCUGGUGGACGACGCGCACGGCCUUCUCUACUGCUACGUGCCCAAGGUGGCCUGCACUAACUGGAAGCGCGUGCUGCUGGCGCUGAGCGGCCGCGCCCGCGGCGACCCACUCGCCAUCCCCGCGCACGAGGCGCAUGCGCCGGGCCGCCUGCCCUCGCUGGCCGACUUCAGCCCGGCCGAGAUCAACCGGCGGCUGCGCGCCUACCUGGCCGUCCUCUUUGUGCGCGAGCCCUUCGAGCGCCUGGCGUCGGCCUACCGCAACAAGUUCGCGCGGCCCUACAGCGCGGCCUUCCAGCAGCGCUACGGCACGCGCAUCGUGCGGCGCCUGAGGCCGCGCGCGCACCCCGACGCGCUGGCGCGCGGCCACGACGUGCGCUUCGCCGAGUUCCUGGCCUACCUGCUGGACCCGCGCACGCGCCGCGAGGAGCCCUUCAACGAGCACUGGGAGCGCGCGCACGCCCUCUGCCACCCGUGCCGCCUGCGCUACGACGUGGUGGGCAAGUUCGAGACGCUGGCGGAGGACGCGGCCUUCGUGCUGGGCCUGGUGGGCGCGUCCGGCUUGCGCUUCCCGGCGCCCCCGCCCCGGGCCAAGGGGGCUGCCGCCCGCGACCUGGCUGAGCGCCUCUUCCGGGACAUCAGCCCCUUCUACCAGCGGCGCCUCUUCGACCUCUACAGGAUGGACUUCUUGCUCUUCAACUACUCUGCCCCUUCCUACCUGCGGCUCCACUAG